ACUUUUGAAAAAUAAAAGUUUGUUUACACUGUUAGCCGACAGCCGUACAUUAUUUGAUAUUUUUAUGGAAAUCCAUUAAUCUCGGAUCUCAUCUAAUACUGACGUAAAAUUUUCUCGGUUUUGGUUUUGAAACCGUGAACAAUAUAAAGACUGAAUAUUUUUCAAUUAAUUUUACAUUUUUACAAUUAUAUGAUGAUCGAACAAUUUUGACCGAUGAAUAUAAUAUUACUCUAUAAUUAUUGACUAACUGAAUGAGUGUAUUAUAUUCUCGUGAUUCAGUGAAUUAAAUCCACCACCAUGUCUGAGAAAAAAGCCAAAAACAAUGCGGAUUGGAAGAAACGUGUAAAAGCCGAAUAUUUUCGAUUACUGCAGGCCAAAAAAACGAAGAAAGACGAUGAUAAUGUAUUGGCAUGCAUCAAUAAUCAAAAGAAGCUUUAUGAAAAAAAAGCGGAAGAACUUAAACGAUUGUUGUCGAGAAAAGCAGUUUGGGAAUGUCGACCAUUUAUAGAAACAGCAUCAAGAUCUAAACGGUCAGAAGUAUCUAAAGUUGAUGGUAUUGGUGAAGAAACUAUGAGCGUUCCAAUUAAAAUAAUUAAUGCUGUAGCACCUAUACCUACUAUGUACAUCUGGGCACCAAUUCAGCAAAAUUUUAUGGUGGAUGAUGAAACUGUACUACAUAAUAUCCCAUACAUGGGAGACGAGGUACUUGAUCAAGAUGGUUCUUUUAUUGAAGAACUAUUAAAAAAUUAUGAUAAUAAAGUACAUGAUGAUGAUGCUGCAAAUUUUUUAGAUGAUCAGGUGUUUGUUGACUUAGUUCAUGCGCUCAUACCAUUUCAGCAAGAAGAAGAUAAAGAACAACAAAGUUUAUUGACACCAAAAAUGGUGAUAAAAAACAGUAAAGACGAUAGACCGUUUCCAAGUAUGGCUAUAUUUGAAGCCAUGUCAGCUGCAUUCCCUGAUAAAGGUUCUCCUGAAGAGUUCAAAGAAAAGUAUAUUGAAUUAACAUCUUGUGUGGACCCUAAUGCACAGCCAUCUCAAUGCACUCCAAACAUUGACGGACCAAAGGCUGAAUCUGUUCCUAAAGAGCAAACUAUACAUUCAUUUUUAAAUUUGUUUUGUAGAAGAUGUUACAAAUAUGAUUGCUUCUUGCACAAACUUAAAGAGCAUGAUUCAGGUACUAAUUUGCCAAUCGGCCUAAAAGGACCUUUAUUAAAACCAUUUUCGUCUCACUGUAGUCAAGAUUGUUAUAUGUUACUAGAUGGAAUGAAAGAAAAAUUAGCUGCUAUUGCAGAAAUCAAAGCUGAAAAGCAAAAACAAGCUGAUAGAGAUGAAGAAACUAAUAGAUCUGGGUCUACUACAAUUUCUAGUAAUACGAAAGAGUUGUCACCUCAGAAUGAAAAUAAUGAGAAACCUGUAGGUUCAGUUAAGUUGUCAAAAAAAGAUAGCUCUGAUUGGGGUAAUGAUGCUAGUUCUGAAGAUAGCAGAGAUAGCAGUAAAGAUGGUGAAUUAGACAUGGAAGAUCCAUUAUCAACAAAAACAUCUUUCUCUUUACUUCCACGCAUGAGUACAGAAGAUAAACAAGUGUGGACUGGAUCAGACCAAUCAAUUUUUCGUGCACUUCGUCGUACAUUCCUGAAUAAUUAUUGUGUCAUUGCUCAGAUGAUGUUAACAAAAAGUUGUCAGCAGGUUUAUGAGUUUGCACAAAAUGAAAAUGAUGAAGUUACUGUUGAAGAAGCUAUUAGUGAAUUAACUCCGCCUAGAAAAAAAAAGAAAAAGCUACGUUUAUGGCAAACCCAUUGUCGAAAAGUACAGCUAAAGAGAGAUUCUGCAUCAAAUCAUUUGUACAACUAUACACCAUGUUCUCAUCCACCAAAUCAAGGAUGUGAUGCAACUUGUCCAUGUGUAAUGGCACAGAAUUUCUGUGAAAAAUUCUGCAAGUGUAGUUCAGAUUGUCAAAAUCGUUUUCCGGGUUGUCGUUGUCGUGCUCAAUGCAAUACAAAACAAUGUCCUUGUUAUUUAGCUGUUCGUGAAUGUGAUCCAGAUUUAUGUUUAACUUGUGGUGCUGAUCAGUUUAAUUUAGAAAAUAUAACAUGUAAAAAUGUCAGUGUUCAAAGAGGCCUCCGUAAACACUUAUUAAUGGCACCUUCAGAUGUUGCUGGUUGGGGUAUAUUUUUGAAGGAUUCUGCACAAAAAAAUGAAUUUAUAUCUGAGUAUUGUGGAGAAAUUAUUACUCAAGAUGAAGCUGACAGACGUGGAAAAGUUUAUGAUAAAUACAUGUGUAGCUUUUUAUUUAAUUUAAAUCAUGAUUUUGUUGUUGAUGCUACACGAAAAGGCAAUAAAAUAAGGUUUGCCAAUCAUUCAAUUAAUCCAAAUUGUUAUGCUAAAGUAAUGAUGGUAAAUGGUGAUCAUCGAAUUGGUAUAUUUGCCAAACGUCCUAUACAACCUGGCGAAGAAUUAUUUUUUGACUACAGAUAUGGACCAACUGAGCAACUUAAAUUUGUUGGAAUUGAAAGAGAAAUGGAAUUUUUACCUUAAGUUUUCUAAACGAAAUAGAUUUUCAUUGAUUUUACCAGUAAAAAAUCUCAAGGCAUGUAUGUUAUAAAAUAUACAAACUAUUUACAGUAUUUAGUAAUAAGGAUUACUUAUAAAUUGAAAUACAUACAAAUUAUUAAAAGUAUGCUACUAUAAUUUAAUUAUACUGUAUUUAGUAAAUAUAGACAAAUAAUUAAAAUAUAUUCAUGCUUAUAUUAAAAUAACAUAUAAUUUUAAAUAGCUUGCUAUAUUUUAUAACAAUUUUGUUUAAUAAAAUCUUUAUUUAUGUAUUUAUUAGUUAAUUAUACAAAUAAUUAAAACUUUGCACCAAUAAGUAUUUUAACUAUUUUAUUUUUUAAAUUAAUUUCACUGUAGUUACUCAAGUCUCUUGCUGUUAAAUAGUUUUAGAUUAUACUGUAAUAGUAUAAUGUAAGUGUAAAUUGUAUAAUUGUUUUAGUAUAGUAGUAACAUAAAAAAAAAUUUAUCUUCAUUGACAAUUUUAAAUUGAUUAUUGUACAAACCAGAAUUUAAAUACAUAAUAUUACUUAUUUAAUACUAAUAAGUUAACUUCUUUUUUGCAGUAAGUUGGUUAUAACAUCUUUUAGAUGUACUCAAUUUUGUAAAUUAUAUAUCUUAUACAAUAAGUCAUUACUCAAACUAUGUAAACAAUGUUUUAUUACAAUGUGAUAUUUUAUUUUAUCACAAUGAGCAUUGUUGCCAUGACUUUAUUUUACGUUUUUAAAUUCAUGGUUUUAAUAUUUUAAUAAGUUAAAAUAAAAUUGUGCUUAAAAUAACUUAAAAGUUAGUCAUUAAUCAACAUUACCAUCUAUUAAAUAAAAUAUUCAAACAUUAGUCUAUGAAACUCAUUCUAAUAUCCUACCAGACACAAGAUGUAAUUCAAUGAUUAAAGAGUAUUCAUCACUAAUAAUACUAGUUAAAAAUAUUAACUCCAUUAACUGUAUACUAUAAUCUAUUUUAAAUUUUGAAUAUAGUAAGUAAACAGUGGUGUAUUUUAUUGGUUGUGGGUGAGCUAGAUAUUCAUAUUUAUAUCAUAAAAAUAUUAAUUUAUAAUAAUAAUAUAAUUGUAUUUUUAAUUGUGUCUUUAUAAAAAUAUAUAAUUACUUGAUUAAUCCUAAAUAUGUCACUGAAAGAAACUAUUGACAAUCUAGUCCCUUUAACAGUUUAUUUAUGUUGAAUAUUAAAACUUGACACAUAUUAUGUUUAACAUUUUGUUCAUUAAAUAUAUAAAAAUUAAUUAAAUAGAAGCAGUAGUAGUUGAAGUUUAUUGUUAUAAAUGUAUGUUCAUUCAUUAUUUUGUUGUAAUGUAUAGAAAAACCUAAUCUAUGAAUUGUAUUAAGUCGAGUUUUUUUUUUACGUUUUAAUUGUCUGAAAUUAUACAUUUUUUUUUCAUAUUUAUUAUCUUUUCUUUUCUAUAAAGUGUAAAAUUAAUUUAACAUUUUAUAGUAAACUAAGUUUUCUGUUUUAAAAAUUAAAUGUGGAUACAAAUUGUAAUAGAAAAUUUUAUUUAAAAAGUAUUAAACAAAUAUACAUAAAAGCUUUAUUAUCAGUAUAAUUGAAAUUCACAUUUUUGUGCAUUCUAAAAACACAGGGUAUAAUAUUAUUUUACUGACGUAUAUAUAUUAGAGAGGGGAAGGGAUUUUAAUAUAUGAAAAUACUUUUUAGAAAUUUAAAACUAAAAAAUUAAUAUAGUGUGAUAAAUUAUGGUAAUUAUGCGUUAUAUUCAACUGUAAAUAGUACUAUAUAUGUAGACCAAUUUAUGAUAAAAACUUUAUCACAAACUAAUGAUGGCUAAGUUAUAGUUUUAACAUUACUAGAAAUAUAUUGUAUUUCAAUUAUUAAAAGAAAAAAAUGUAUUCAUAAGAUUGACUUUUGUAAUAAAUUUAUGUAUUUAAUAUUGUUUGUACUUCAAUUCUGAAUAAUACGUAAAAUUUUAUUUUGAA